UAUGUAAUUCAGCAUAGAGAAAAUGAACUUUGCGCGUGUUUAUUUGUCCAAGUAUUUAUCUUUGUUUCUGUUAGAGAAAUUUUCACCAAAACAUAAUUUGAAACUUCUAAGUAUUUUGAACAAAUCUAGAAAUCCACAAAUGUAAAAACGAAAACUAAAGCACCCAUAUAUCUAUUCACCAGUGAAUAUUAAACAAGCAUAUAAUGCAGGAUUUUAUGAUCCUGAAUUUGAGCACAGCAAGCAACGGAAUGUCGGGGUGUGAUCAAAGCACUGUCGAAUCAUUGGCCGAAGAUCCAACAGAUUCACCAUUCGAAGCCGAUGACUGUCUCAAAGUUCGGAAGUAUUGGUGUUUUCUACUUUCCAGCAUAUUUACAUUCUUUAUUGGAGUGCUUAUUGUAUUGCUAUGGCGAUCUUUUACAUUUCUCUGCUGCCGCAAAGCCCCCGAGCUGGGACCAAACGAUCCCAAGCAAAAGGAGCAGAAAGCAUCACGCAACAAACAGGAAUUCGAGGGAACUUUUAUGACAGAAGCAAAAGACUGGGCUGGCGAGCUUAUAUCGGGUCAAACAACAACUGGUCGAAUUUUGGUCGUACUUGUUUUUAUACUCAGCAUUGCAUCUCUCAUCAUAUAUUUUGUGGACGCAUCUAGUGAAGAAGUCGAAAGAUGCCAAAAAUGGAGUAAUAACAUUACCCAACAAAUCGAUCUCGCAUUCAAUAUAUUUUUUAUGGUUUACUUUUUUAUACGAUUCAUAGCGGCGUCAGAUAAGCUUUGGUUUAUGUUAGAAAUGUACAGUUUUGUAGAUUAUUUUACAAUACCCCCGUCCUUUGUAUCAAUAUAUUUAGAUCGAACAUGGAUCGGUCUUCGAUUUCUUCGAGCACUUCGUCUCAUGACUGUCCCGGAUAUUUUACAAUAUUUAAACGUACUUAAAACAUCGAGCUCGAUACGUUUAGCUCAAUUAGUAUCCAUUUUUAUAUCAGUUUGGUUAACAGCAGCGGGCAUUAUACAUCUGCUGGAAAACUCUGGUGAUCCAUUGGAUUUUAAUAAUGCUCAUCGAUUAUCCUAUUGGACCUGUGUCUAUUUCCUAAUUGUGACCAUGUCAACGGUAGGAUAUGGUGACGUAUACUGUGAGACUGUUUUGGGAAGAACAUUUCUAGUGUUCUUCCUACUCGUCGGCUUGGCGAUAUUUGCAAGUUGUAUACCUGAGAUUAUAGACUUGAUUGGAACAAGAGCUAAAUAUGGGGGCACAUUAAAAAAUGAGAAGGGUCGAAGACACAUUGUGGUGUGCGGUCAUAUAACGUAUGAGUCGGUAUCGCAUUUCCUCAAGGAUUUCUUGCAUGAGGACAGAGAAGAUGUGGACGUGGAAGUUGUGUUUUUACAUCGUAAACCACCCGAUUUGGAACUAGAAGGUUUAUUCAAGCGCCAUUUUACCACGGUGGAAUUCUUCCAAGGCACUAUUAUGAAUCCGAUUGAUCUACAAAGGGUUAAGGUACAUGAAGCUGAUGCCUGUUUGGUGCUAGCUAAUAAAUAUUGCCAAGAUCCCGACGCUGAAGAUGCUGCCAAUAUUAUGAGAGUAAUUUCAAUCAAAAACUAUAGCGACGAUAUACGUGUUAUAAUACAGCUUAUGCAGUAUCAUAAUAAGGCAUAUUUGCUAAACAUUCCCUCGUGGGACUGGAAGCAGGGAGAUGAUGUGAUUUGUUUGGCGGAACUGAAACUAGGAUUUAUUGCACAGAGCUGCUUAGCACCUGGGUUCUCAACGAUGAUGGCCAAUUUAUUUGCUAUGCGUUCUUUUAAAACUUCACCAGAUACUCAGGCCUGGCAAAAUGAUUAUCUUCAAGGUACAGGGUGUGAGAUGUACACUGAAACCCUUUCACCUUCAUUUACCGGCAUGACAUUCCCACAAGCCAGCGAGCUAUGUUUUUCCAAACUGAAGUUGCUUCUUUUGGCGAUUGAAAUCAAAGGAGCCGAAGAUGGCGGCGAUAGUAAAAUUUCGAUUAACCCACGAGGUGCUAAAAUUCAAGCGAAUACACAAGGAUUCUUUAUAGCACAGAGCGCAGAUGAAGUGAAACGUGCUUGGUUUUAUUGCAAAGCGUGUCAUGAAGAUAUCAAAGAUGAAACACUUAUUAAGAAAUGCAAAUGCAAAAACUUGGCAGUUCAGCCAAGGAAUAAAUUUGACGAUUUAGAUGUGGGCAUGAUUAUGAUGCAGACUGGAAUGGUGAAUCAAGGCAUAACCUCAGUCAUUAACGAAAUGGAGGAUGAUCACCAUCCUGCACCCACAUUUACGCCACCUGAACUACCAAAGCGGGUGCAUGUGCGUGGAUCUGUAACGGGUGAUCUAACACGCGACAGAGAAGAUAUGAACCUUUUAAAUCGGAACGGACGCCGGCCUAACGGCACCGGCAACGGCGGCACUGGCAUGCAUUUAAGCGCCACAACCGUAAAACAAGUCAACAAAGUGAAGCCCACGGUCAACAGGCAGCAAAUGGAUGGUCAGGUUAUUUCUCCGUCACAGUACAAUAGGCCUCCAGAAACCGAUGCUAACCCUUAUGCGGGCUAUCAACUUGCUUACGAAGUUAAAAAGCUCAUGCCAACAAGUCGUAGUUCCGGCACUGGUGCACAAAACCAAAACGGCGGAGUUACAUUGCCGGCUGGCAUCGCGGAUGAUCAAUCAAAAGAUUUCGAUUUUGAAAAAACCGAAAUGAAAUAUGAUUCGACCGGCAUGUUCCAUUGGAGUCCGGCGAAAAAUCUAGAAGACUGCAUAUUGGAUCGUAAUCAAGCGGCAAUGACCGUUUUAAAUGGUCACGUUGUCGUGUGCCUCUUUGCUGAUCCAGAUUCACCGUUAAUUGGUUUGCGUAAUUUGGUUAUGCCAUUACGUGCAUCCAACUUUCAUUAUCACGAACUGAAACAUGUAGUCAUAGUUGGUUCUGUGGAUUAUAUAAGACGAGAAUGGAAAAUGUUACAGAACUUGCCAAAAAUAUCCGUACUAAAUGGUUCGCCAUUAAGUCGUGCCGAUUUGAGGGCAGUUAAUGUUAAUUUAUGCGAUAUGUGUUGUAUUCUAUCGGCGAAAGUUCCUAGCAACGAUGAUCCAACAUUGGCAGAUAAAGAGGCCAUUCUUGCAUCGUUAAAUAUAAAAGCGAUGACAUUCGACGACACAAUCGGGGUGCUGAGUCAACGUGGCCCCGAAUUCGAUAACCUGAGCGCGACUGCUGGAAGCCCAAUUGUGCUGCAGCGUCGCGGUUCGGUAUAUGGUGCGAAUGUACCUAUGAUAACAGAACUGGUCAACGAUAGUAACGUGCAGUUUCUCGAUCAAGACGAUGACGACGACCCAGAUACGGAACUAUAUCUGACGCAGCCGUUUGCGUGUGGUACAGCUUUUGCUGUCAGUGUGUUAGAUUCACUUAUGUCGACGACAUAUUUCAAUCAAAAUGCCUUAACACUUAUACGAUCACUCAUCACGGGUGGUGCAACUCCGGAAUUAGAAUUAAUAUUAGCAGAAGGUGCUGGGCUAAGAGGUGGUUAUAGUACGGUGGAAAGCCUUAGUAACCGAGACAGAUGUCGCGUUGGUCAAAUAUCACUUUAUGAUGGUCCACUGGCACAGUUUGGGGAGUGCGGCAAAUAUGGUGAUCUGUUUGUGGCUGCACUUAGAUCGUAUGGCAUGCUAUGCAUAGGAUUGUACCGAUUUCGAGAUACUAGCUCAAGUUGUGAUGCAAGUAGUAAACGUUACGUUAUAACCAACCCACCCGAUGACUUUUCAUUACUGCCAACUGAUCAGGUAUUCGUUUUAAUGCAAUUCGAUCCGGGAUUGGAAUACAAGCCACCCGCUGUACGUGCACCAACUGGUGGUCGCAGUGCCAAUGCCCAAGGUUCCGGUGUCGGCGGUGGCGGCUCAAACAAAGAUGAUAACUCUUGAUUGUUACUGUGUAGCGCCUUAACUGAUGGUCCUUACUCAUACAUUUGAACGAUGGAGCAAACGAUUUUGUACAAAAUAACGCAUUUCUGGCAAAGUAUAAUUAGGAACAUAUUACAAACAAUAAAUAUUAUAAGUACUUUUCGGCGAAAAACUAUACAAAAAAAGCAAUUACAGUAAAUUCGUAAAAAGAAUUAUGUACCAAAAUUUGUAAUAAUUGCAUAAAAUUUUAAAUUUAUUGAAGAAAAACUUUUUUAAAUUGGCAUGAUAUCGUCAAAAUUAGAAGUAAAUGCGUUAAUUUGUACUUUUAUAUUUGCAUAGACGCUCACAUGACAUUGUUUAUCCUGUUUAACAAUCAAAGGAUAUUAGUUUUGUAUUAUAAGAUUGAGUGUCUCUACAAAUAUAAAAUUCAUAAAAAACAUCAAAAAAUUUAACAUCUUGCAAAAAACAGACAUCGUUCAUCUGUGAAAAGAUUGCUUCCCACACCAUUCCGUAUGCCUUUUUAGAACCUUGAAGUUUUUCAUCCUUUUUUAAUUAGUUUUAGAACUUUCAAUAUAUAUAAGCUUAAAU